GUUGUUUACAACGAGCGCCCCCGGAAGUGAUCCCAGCGCCGGGGGACGCGGCUCCUUCCUACCGGGGUUGUCCUGCGUCCACCGUGCAGCCCCGACAGAUGCAGGUCUUCGCGGCAAGUGCCAGGAUCCUCCUACCCUUGGUUUCCCUUUUUAGGCACGGUAGGGGACUGAUGAUUGUUGAAUGAAUGAGCGUGCUGACAGCGAUGAGAUGGCUCCUGGAUGCAUCCUACGGCUCUUUUAGUUGUCGUGGUCAUUUGUGUGCCAGCCUGUGGUAGCCAAUCCCCACCUAAUCUCCCCGCAAAACGAGGAGGAAAGUGAAUAGCUCUAAUUAAGGAUGUCUGAAAACCAUGACAAAACCCAUAUGAAUGAAGGAGAAAAAUCACAGUUACAUGAUUCUGAAGAAGGCCUGGAAGGUGCCCUGGAAUGUUCUGAUGAAGCUUUACAGACAGAAAUAAAGGUGGAAUCUACUAGCCCCCAAGGAUUGGGAAGACCUCACUCUAGUCCUCCUCGGUUUGUGACAGUAGAAGAACUGCUGGAGACAGCGAAAGGUGUUACCAACAUGGCUCUAGCCCAUGAAAUUGUUGUAAAUGGAGAUUUCCAGAUAAAACCAGCUGAAUUACCAGAAGACAGCUUGGAAAAGAGAGUAAAAGAUAUUGUACAUAAAGCUUUUUGGGACUGCUUGAGUAGUCAGCUAAGUGAAGACCCCCCAACAUAUGACCACGCCAUCAAGCUUGUAGGAGAGAUCAAAGAGACACUGUUGUCUUUCUUGCUGCCUGGCCACACUAGACUAAGAAACCAGAUAACAGAAGUCUUAGACCUGGACCUGAUCAGGCAGGAAGCAGAGAAUGGGGCCCUAGAUAUUUCCAAGCUGGCAGAAUUCAUUAUUGACAUGAUGGGGACACUGUGUGCGCCUGCUCGAGAUGAGGAAGUGAAGAGACUAAAGGACAUCAAGGAAAUAGUGCCCCUUUUCAGGGCCAUAUUUUCUGUGUUGGACCUAAUGAAAGUAGACAUGGCGAACUUUGCUGUCACGAGCAUUAGGCCACACCUCAUGCAGCAGUCUGUUGAAUAUGAGAGGAAGAAGUUUCAGGAGGUUUUGGAGAAACAGCCAAAUUCCCUGGACUUUGUCACUCAGUGGCUAGAAGAAGCUUCAGAUGACCUUAUGACUCAGAAGUGCAAACAUGCCCUGCCAGCUGGGGGAGAGGCUGCUGGCUCUGGGGAGUUGACCCCUGUUGCUGUCCAGAAUUAUGCCUACUUGAAGCUUCUGAAAUGGGACCACCUCCAGAGACCUUUCCCCGAGACAGUGUUGAUGGACCAGGCUCGGUUCCAAGAGCUCCAGCUCCAGGUAGAGCAGCUGACCAUCCUGGGGGCUGUGCUGCUGGUCACGUUCAGCACAGCAGCCCCGGGAAUUACUUGCAAGGCUGACUUGGCUGAGAAACUCAAGAUGAUCGUGAAGAUCCUGCUAAUGGAUAUGCAUCUACCCUCCUUCCAUUUAGAGGAUGCCCUAACUUCCAUUGGGGAGAAAGUGUGCCUGGAGGUGAGCAGCUGCCUCUCCCAGUGUGGGGCCUCCCCAUUCUCCGUGGACAAGGAGAUUGCUCUCAAGGGCCAGAUCCUGGCCGUGGCCAGUCUUGAUGACCCCCUUCGCCGGAUCAUGGGAUCCCGAAUUCUGGCCUUCUUGGAAGCACACCUUGCCUCUGGUCAUCAGAAGCCAUUGCCUGCAGUGCCCGGGGGAUUGGGUCCUGUUCACAAAGAGCUGGAGGAAGUUGCUGUGAAAUUUGUUCGUCUGGUCAACUAUAACAAGAUGGUGUUCUGCCCCUACUACGACGCCAUCCUCAGAAAGAUCCUUCUCCCAUCCUAAGGUGUGCGCACCCUACAGCCGCGGUGUUCACUCGCCCCAGAACACCUGUCCUCAACUCUAACGUCGCUUUGGAAAACGGCUCUGUAGUACAUUUCUGUUUAACAGCACUGAAUCCAAAGGAAGACCGUUGAAAUGACAAAGAAUGCACUGAAUUUGGUUCUAAGAGAUUGUAUUUAUGAGUGCAAGUUUACAAAGCAAGGAAGCUUUUGUUAUCUUGAGUUGUGUGGAUAACACUAAGCUUGGCUGCCUGUGCCUCCCUCCUGCUGCAUCUCCAUGUGGCAGCCAUGUCCUCCCAAGUAGUUCAUGUCUUCAGAUGCCCUCUGCUGACAGGGACCAAGAGUAAAAGAGACCAAGCCAUGGCUUUACCUUUUGCCACUCCUCCCUCCGGGUGUUUUGUCAUAGAAGGGCCAUCUAGAGUCGAGUCUACCCCCGCCCCCCACUCGUGCUUCUCCUGUCUGGCCUAGCCAGUGCUCCAGAGCCCUUUUUAUUCUACCAGUCACUUGAUGUUGUGUUUGUCACUUUUUAAACAGGGUCUAUUUAGCCCUGUGUGGCCUAGAACUUGCUAUGUGGACUAGACUAGCCUCAAACUUACAGCAGUCCUCCUGCCUGUGCUUCCUCAGUGCUACAAUUAUGGGCUUGUGCCACCAUGCCUGCCCAAGUUAGCUUCAUUGGUCAAAGCUUGUUGGCAGGGGAGUGUGCACAACAGUCAGUGAUUGAUUCCUAGCAUGCAUCACCUGGGUGGGAUCUUCAAACCCCUACGUGCACACACACACAGUCCAGACCCGCGAACACGCCCCCGUAGUCUCAGCUACUUGGGAGGCUGAGGCAGCAGAAUCAUUUGGACACAGGAGUUCAGGACCAGCCUGGAUGACAGAGAAGCUCCAUUACAACAAACAAACGUUUGUUCUCCAGAACCUGGAUGGGAACAGUUACGAUUUAUGGAGCCAUGCAUGAUGACAUAUGCCUGUAAUCCUAGCACUCUAGAGGCUCAGGCAGCAGGAAUGUGAACUGGGGCCAGCAUGGACUACGUAAUGAGACUGUUUUAAAAAUAAAAAUAAUGGCACUAAGGAGGCAGAGGUAGGAGGAUCACCGUGAGUUCAAGGCCACCCUGAGACUCCAUAGUGAAUUCCAGGUCAGCCUGGGCUAGAGUGAGUCC